UUUUCCAAAAAUAUCCAUUUUUACGUCUGUAUAUAUCAUCAUCUGCUCUUAUUUGCACGGUUCAACAUUUUAUUUUAUUUUCCGGAUAAGGCGUUUUAUUUCUGUCCGAUUUAUGCUCCCCUUCUUCACUCUCAUCAAUUUCUAAAUCUUCAUCAUGCUAAUAACCAUUUGAUUUAUCUCUUCAAACCGCUAAAAAUAAAUAAUUAUCGAUUUUCAUUUCUCUAUAACUUCAGAUCCCUAAGCUAGGGUUUUGAAUUAGGAAUUUCUUACACUUUUUUUCUUUUGUGAAGAGCAUCGGACAAUGCAUUCGGUGCCUUCUGUAUUAUUUGAUCUAUUUACUCCACCGCACGCUGCGUAUUUUCAUGGUUUUUUGUGUUUUCAUCAUCUGAAAAAUAUGGAGAAAUUUGAUCGGGUUAAUAGUCUUAGUUAACGUUUAAUAUUUUUUUUUUGAUCGCUGGUUUUUUUUCAUUUCCCUAAUAUUUUUGUACCCGAAUCUGUUGGUAUAGCCGUGGUGUUUUAUUUUUUUUUUUAGCGGUGUGUGAUCUUGUGUGGAGGAUCUGACAAGGUUUAUUUCAACCGACAAAAUACAGAGGUCUUGCUGCUCUCUUUGUAAUUGAUGGACGAUUUCCCUGCUAGCUACAAGUUGGUGUCUGAAAAUGUAGGCGCUCUUUGCAUGUCAUCAAAGGAGACGCCUAAUUGUGAUUUUGGAAAUAUAGAAGGUCUCUCUGUAUAUGAUCUUGGCUACCAUUUCACUGAUUAUCUCAAUAUUCAGGACGCUGAAGACUCAAAUGGUAAGCGCAAUGUUGAGACCGUGAAGGAAGAUGUAAGUAAAGAUUCCCAUGGAAGUGACCCUGGUGCUGCUUCUGCAAAACGCUUGAUGAAAUGUGCAACAUUUCCAUGCUCUGGUAUCAGCGUGCCUCCUGCAGAAUUUGGUAGGAAGGUGCAAGAGGGUGACAUGAAUGCUGAAGUAAUAACACAUGGUGCUGAUGCCAAAUCUCCUGAUUUGCCUUACUCACGUUCCAUUUCCCUGCCAACUCCAUUGAAGCUUGUAUCCGCCAUAAAAGGCAGCCGUGAGAAACAAGGCAGUCUACCAAGGAAGCUGACUGUAACAUGGGCUCCGGAUGUGUAUGACCCUAUUCCAACAUCAGUUUCACAUUUUCCAAGCAAGGGACAAAGCCAUAAGAGUGGCAAGAAGAAGAAUGGGAAGAAUAAGCAAAAAAACAAUGGCAAAUCUUCCCGUGGGAGCAAGGGUAGAGACAAGAAACAAGCUCGGAAACAUGGAGGGAGUUCUCAGAUAAGUUACCAUCCUCUUGAUGAUAGCAACAGUGCCUCGUCGAGCGAGGUACAGUCUAGUGUUGUGGAAUUUGAUGUUGGCAGCCAAGAUCCAUUUUGUGGGAGCAGUUUUCUUAAGAACUCCAUCACAAAACUUCACUUCCCAGUUGCAGAGGCUAGCUGAACUCCCUUUUUGAUCUUAGUGGCUCUCUAACCAAGCUGAGUAAAUAAAUAAGUGUGCGGGCUUUGUUGAGUAGUGUAAGUUGUGGAAACAGUUGUAGACUCAUAGUUAGUCGUGGCAUGUUCGUGCUAAACUUUUCAACAGUUGACAUGUCAGUGAAGUCGAUAGUUUCUGCUA